GAGACCAGUGGAAUAUAUAUGUGCAGAGGAAGUGACUUUUCCCGGUGCAGACCUGCUAGCGUUGCAUUAUCAUGUGACUGCCGUGUGUCAGAGAUUUUUACCGGUAUGUUUUUUUUUUUAACCAGCCCUGUUGGCGCGGUGCUAGCAUUAGCGUUAAACUCUCUGUGUCUUUCUUUGUAAAUAUCUCGUGUUUCAAUGUGGGCACUUGCGACUUUUACGCAAUUUAGUACAAAAAAAAAUGACAUGCUACUAUUGAAGAAAAAAUGUAGUACUGUAAUUUCCGGCCUAUUUUUUCACACGCUUUCAACCCUGCCGGUUUAUGUGGGGAUGCGGCUAAUUUGUGAAUUUUUUUCUAAUGGCUGUAAGGGGGCACUCAAGCAGAAAAGGUAACAGUGAGACCAAUGAAAUAUAUAUGUGCCGAGGAAGUAACUUAUCGGUGAGGACAUGUUAGCGCUGCACUAGUGUGUGACUGCCGUUAUACCUGCCGUGCAUUUUUACUGGUAUGUUUUUUUUUUUUUUUUUUCAACCAGUCCUGUUACCGCGAUGCUAGCGUUAGUGCGGUGCUAGCAUUAGCGCGGUCUUAGCAUUAAUGUUAGUGUGGCGGCGCCAGCGUUAAGCUCUCUGUGUACAGUCUUUCUUUGUAAAUAUGUUUCCAUGUGGGCACUUGCGGCUUUUACACGGCUGUUGCGUAUGUCUGUACCAAAUGGUAUUUCCUUUAAAAAUGUACUGGGUGAUGCUUAUAACCAGGUGCACUCUGUAGGCCGGGAAUUACGGUAUGUGUACAGGUAAAGAGUUUUGCUUUUAUCUCCAUUUUAUUCCAUUUUAAAGCCCCGUCCUCUUCUGUAGUUCUUAAAUUCUUAUUUCACCAAUUGCCAACCGAGGCCCUCAACGGGAAACUAAUCCCCACUUUCUAGAAGAUUGGGCUUGCAUCUCGCGCUAAAGCAUAAGGGUGUUACAAGUCUGCAAAACAAUCACGAAUCAGGGAGAAGUUGAAACAUUUGCAUUAACGUGGUGUGUUUUUUUUUUUUCCUCCCACAUCGUGAGUCCUUGGGAGUGCAGGAGGCGAGCGGCUGCAGUGUGAACUUGUAAACACCACGCGAACUCCGCCGGUGCCGUCGACAUUAUGAGGCUCGGCGUCCUCUCUAUCGGCUCGAGUGCCGGGAGCCCGGGAAGCUCGUAUUAAAUCAUCGCGGGCCUUCCUGGCUACAAAUGUUAUCUUGCGUGUUCAAUGAGGUAUUCGUGCGGUGCCGGUCCGGUGGCAAAGAUGGCCGAGCGUUUGUCGUCAUCUCUCAGUUAAAUAGCACUUUGCGUCCUUUAUCAGGUGGCUUGUAAUAACACGUUUUGCCAGCACGUUUCAGGCGCGUCCAAACCGAUUAAUAAGCUCAAAUUGGAAAUUUAAUUGCACACAUUUUUCCACGCCUCGGUCAGGGAGCCACGGCGCCACUAAUCUAUUAUCACAUAUUGGUCCUCUCAGUCCCAUUUGAGGGUAACUGCGAUAAUGCCGUUGAUGUUUCCGUAGAAAGCGAGUGCAGGGGGGACAAUUAGGAGGCUGCGGUUUGUGGUUUUUCGCCAUAAUUUCUGGCAUUGUUUCCAUGGAUAUGUUAAUGUUUUGCACUUUUUUUCCCCCCCGCCAAUAAAGGCACGCAAAAUGACAGGUGGCGCACCGCUGUGCCGCAUGAGAGAUCUAUGUGAUGCUACAGGAGAUGAUUCAUUUUCACUUAAUUUGACCGAACAUGACUAUUUAUUAAUUGCAAAUAUAGCUUUCUUUUUCCUUCUAUGCUAGCGACAUGUAGUGACAGCAGGGGCGUAGCUGGUCAUUCAGAAAUUGGGGGCGGGGCGCCUCCAAAGCCACAUGCAACUAAAUGCAUUUCCUCAAGUACAUUCAUUUUGUUCAAUGUUGACAAAAGACUUUUUGGGCUCAGCGGCUGGGCGGGGGCUUGUCACUUGGGAGCUCGAGCAACUGCCUGUUUGCCUAACGGUUCCACUGUACAGAUGCUGAAAGAGAAAGAAGAAAGACCAUUGGCCCCAAGAUGGUGCCCUGAGAGACCCCAUUGUUGAGAUUCUGGACAGAGAUGCCCUUUUUGUGAUGCGGUCAGAUGUGAGGAAACCGGAGUGCCCGGAGAAAACCCACACGGGGCACGGGGAGAACAAACCAGUCGCCAGCCAACCUUUUGAGAAAAAAAAGUCAUUCCGGGCUGUUUGCUCAGCAGCAGUCAUUUUGGGUGACUUCUCUGCUUCACGAGACCUUGAGAGGGAGCCGGCAUCCCGCUAGAAUCACUGGUUUAUUCGGUGUUCUGUAACUGACGGGCAUCCAGUCCCCCGCCUCUCGCCCGCAGUCAUCUGGGGUAGCCUCCAGGUUGGUGUAAGCUUGCAGUCGUCUCGUCUCACGUGGCAACAUGAAGUCUGUGCUGGACGCCGUUGCCGACACCACCUUCCGGACUAUCACCUCCGGUUUACAGUAUCUGGGCUCCAACGACGCCAACUACGACGAGGCCGUCAGCGAUGUGGACUUCAAGGGGGUCUUCUCCCUUCAGAAGCCGCUGUCCUCCUUUCGCAGUAACGCCUUCCCCGACAAGAUCCCCCCGGACGAGGAGCUGAUCCUGAGGGGCUUCUACCCCACCAACGCCACAGAGCUCUUGUCCAACCGGAGCACGUUCCGGGACGAGGGCAGCAAUAUACAAUGCGGGGAGAACUUCAUGGACAUGGAGUGCUUCAUGAUUCUGACCCCCAGCCAACAGCUGGCCGUGGCCGUCAUGUCGCUGACGCUCGGGACCUUCACGGUCCUGGAGAACCUAGUGGUCCUCUGCGUGAUCCUGCAGUCACGCACCCUCCGCUGCAGGCCGUCCUACCACUUCAUCGGCAGCCUGGCCGUGGCCGACCUGUUGGGCAGCGUCAUCUUCGUCUACAGCUUCUUGGACUUCCACGUAUUCCACCGGAAGGACAGCCCCAACGUGUUCCUCUUCAAGCUGGGCGGAGUGACGGCGUCGUUCACCGCCUCCGUGGGCAGCCUCUUCCUCACCGCCAUCGACCGCUACAUCUCCAUCCACCGGCCUUUGGCCUACAGGCGCAUCGUGACCCGGACCAAGGCGGUCAUCGCCUUCUGCAUGAUGUGGACCAUCUCCAUUGUCAUCGCCGUGCUACCUCUGCUGGGCUGGAACUGCAAACGGCUCAAGUCGGUGUGCUCCGACAUAUUCCCCCUAAUCGACGAGAACUACCUGCUCUUCUGGAUCGGGGUGACCAGCGUGCUGGUUCUUUUCAUCAUCUACGCCUACAUCUACAUCCUGUGGAAAGCGCACCACCACGCGGUGCGCAUGCUGAGCCGCACCUCGCAGAAGAGCCUGGUGGUGUACUCGGCGGACGGGACCAAGGUGCAGACCACGCGCCCCGAGCAGGCCCGCAUGGACAUCCGCCUGGCCAAGACCCUAGUGCUCAUCCUGGCGGUGCUGGUUAUCUGCUGGGGUCCCGUGCUCGCCAUCAUGGUCUACGACCUCUUCUGGAGGAUGGACGACGACAUCAAGACGGUGUUCGCGUUCUGCAGCAUGCUCUGCCUGCUCAACUCCACCGUUAACCCCAUCAUCUACGCCCUGAGGAGCAAGGACCUGAGGCACGCCUUCCUCAGCUCGUGCCACGCCUGCCGGGGCAGCGGCCAGCAGCUGGACAACAGCAUCGAGUCGGACUGCCAGAACCGCAACGCCAACAUCUCGGCCAACAGGGCCGCCGAGAGCUGCGUGAAGACCACUGUGAAAAUAGCCAAAGUAACUAUGUCUGUGUCCACCGAGACCUCCGCCGAACCUGUUUAAUCGGCUCUCGAGAGUGGCAGAAAGUUGGUACAUGUCCUAUUUCUUGUCAUUCCACAUGAAUAAAAAACUGAUUUGAGGGAAAAGAAGACAUUUUAGUUCGUCUAGAUUAUACUGGAGCAGAUAAUUUUCCAUUUGAUGACAUACUGUAAGCAUGAAAUUUGGCAGAAAUAUUCAUUUCAAUAAGAAAAAAAUGUGGUAGUCCCCCUGUUUUCUUUGCUAUUACUGCGAGAACAGUUCUGGGCAUUCCUCAAGAUGGCUGUCAAAUAUUGGUUAAUAGUAUUGCUACAUAUUCGUCUUUUGUUCAAAGAAAUGCCAAAAAAAAGAUGAUUGGUACAGUAUAUUUACUGCGUGAGUGACGGUGUACUGGUUCAGGGUUCAAUUCCCACAAAAUUUGAAUGGUUCCCUAUGGACACCACGUGAUGGGCUACUGACCAGUCCA